UUUGAGUCACCACUUUUAAGCACCUCAGAUUUUAUUUUUAGCUAAUAAAUAACAUAGUAUAACAAUUUAGUAAUAAGGCAUUCAUAUAAAAAUACGUUCUAUUGUUAUUUAUUAUUUGGUUCUUUCGUAUCAUAUAAACUUUCAGCCAUUUAUAUAAGUCAUUAUUCAGUCUAUUAAUUAUAUUUUGUUAGUUUUCUUACUAAAACAAGUGUGUCACUUUCCAUUACGUCAUCAAUGUGCGACAUCACUGCCGAAUUGUGCUAAUGGAGGAGCCGUCAACGACAACAACUUUGAAACAAGCUUUAAAAACCCAUUUCGGGUUCAGCAACUUUAGAUCUAAAGUGCAGGAAAAUGUUAUCAAAGCGGUUGUGCGAGGUGACAGGGAUGUGUUUGUGUGCAUGCCCACUGGGGCAGGGAAGUCUCUGUGUUAUCAGCUGCCUGCUGUCCUGGCCGAAGGCAUCACUUUAGUCAUCUCCCCACUAAUUGCGCUCAUUCAGGACCAAGUGUGCCACUUGAGGUCACUGAACAUCCCUGCUCACUCCAUCAACUCCAAGCUUGCAGUAGGCGAGCGCCGUUUGAUACUCGCUGACUUACAGAGCAGGAGCCCAAAGCUGAAGCUACUCUACAUCACUCCAGAGAUGGUAGCUUCUCAAUCAUUCCAGCCUUACCUGACUGACUUGUGCUCCCGAGGCCUGCUGUCCUACAUGGCUGUGGAUGAGGCUCACUGUGUCUCCCAGUGGGGCCAUGAUUUCAGACCAGAUUACCUCAAACUGGGUGAACUGCGCUCUCGCAUACCUGGGGUUUCUUGCAUAGCGCUCACUGCGACAGCCCCCAAAAACGUUCAAGAUGAUAUUAUUCAGUCGCUGAAGCUGCGUCUGCCUCUGUCUUUCACGACGCCUGUUUUCCGCUCAAAUUUGCACUAUGAUGUCAUCUUCAGCGAGAUUCUUCCGAACCCCUACAUUCACCUCCAUGCCUUCAUUCAGAAGGCACUGGCUCUUGGCAGCGGCUCCAGUGGACAGGGUUGUGGGAUUGUGUACUGUCGGACCAGGGAGGGCUGUGAAACCGUAGCCUACCAGCUUACCAAGCUUGGUGUCCUAGCGAAGCCUUAUCAUGCUGGUCUAAAGGCACAAGAUCGCACAGAGGCUCAGAAUGAUUGGAUGCAGGGGAAAGUUAUUGUUAUUGUGGCCACCAUCAGCUUUGGUAUGGGUGUAGACAAGGCCAGUGUAAGGUUUGUUGCUCAUUGGAACCUUGCAAAGUCGAUGGCUAGCUACUACCAGGAGUCUGGCCGAGCAGGCAGAGACGGACUGCCAUCCCUGUGUCGCAUUUACUACUCCCGGAAGGAUAUGGAGCAAAUUAAAUUCCUCAUCCAUAAAGAGGUGGCACGUAAACAGGAAAAACGCAACUCUGUAAAAGAAUCAGACAAAGCAGCCGUUACAGAUCUUGACGCCAUGGUGUCGUUUUGCGAGCAGGAAAGUUGCCGCCAUGCCACCAUCUCCAAGUUUUUCGGGGACAAGCCACCAAACUGUUCAGGUGCCUGCGACUGCUGUUCCAACCCGAAAGUUGUGCGAGCCCAGCUGGAGAGGGUGUCGGUCCUCAACACCGCCAUCAAAGCUCAGAGCAAAGAGCCCAAAGGCCCGUUUGGUUUCCACCAGAGCGCCUAUGAGGGAGGAAAUAAGGGAUAUGGCUUUGAGAGGUUUGACGAAGGUGAAGGCUUUAUCGAAGAUGAUGCCAAGAGGAAAAAAGAGUUUUCCGACUUCUUCAAGCAGCAGAUGAUGCUCAGGAAGGGACCUGCCACUCAGACGGACAACUUUAUUCCUCCAGAUGCCGACUGCCCCCUCAGAGAGGCGAGCUGUCAGAGGAUCCCCAGGCUCACUGUAAAGACCAGAGAGCACUGCCUGUGCCUCUUGCAGGAGGCCUUAUAUGGCCACCAGGGGGCAGACGACCCAUUCAGCUCUCUUCUAUCCUUAGCUGUAGAUAUCGAACAUGAGGUGUUCAAGAGCUGCAAGUCUUCCAACUUGUACAAAGCGGCCAUAUUAAAGAAGGUGUCCGAGAUGAAGAAAGCGCCUGCUGUAACGGAGGAGGAGAAGAGCUGCGGUGGUAGCGAGACCAUGCCAAAACACGCAGAGGAAGCCGCCUCCUCUUCAUCCUUUCCUGAAGGGCUGCAUGGGUUCAAAUCUGCAUCCGAGGUCUACUCCAUGAAGCGUAAGAGAGUUGGAGCGGGCCACAGUGGCUCGUCCAACUCCUACCUGGCUGCCAAGGAUCUGCUGAAGCCCUCCAUGGUGGACAGCACAUAUGAUGAGGGAACGCCAGGUGGUGUGCGAGAGGAGCUAAUGAGAAAAUGGAAAGAUAAGGUCGUGCCUAUAACAUCAUCUAGCCAUGCCACAGCAACAGUCUCCUCCCUCUCCACCUCGAGUAGCCCAAUUAAGAGAGGGAAACCUGUGAGCAAGAAGCAGCAGAAGCUGGCGGAAGCUGCAAAAAGUUCUCGCAGCAUCUCGCAAUAUUUGGAGAAGACUCAAGCGACAAUGGAGCGAGAUAACCGAGCGGAUGCGCUGCCAUCCUAUAGUGCUGCGAUGGGUCCAGAGGAAGACAUUAUGGAGGCUGAAGGUGGAGCUGUGGAGCCAGUCACUCAGGAUGAGAGGAAAGCAGAAACCAAACCAGAGGUCAUUGUGAUAGAUGAUGACGAUGAUUAUGAUGGAGAGGUGGUUCAAGAGACUUCAGAACGCAACAAUCUGCAGUCCACCACAGAACAGAACACAUCUGUUGAAGACCACAGCGCCUGUGUAAUACAAGAGGCGUGCGUUUCGGAAGCCAAACAAGAGCAGCCUCCUCCGGCCAAACGAGGCCGCCGCGAGGGGAGUCGCCGGAAAGUAACCUUUGACCCCACCGUGCAGCAGAGAGUAGUGCAGGAUCCGACGACGACUGUGACGCUGAAGGAGGCCGCUGACGUGGUGGUCCGCUACCUGGAUCCUUUUUACAUUCGGGGGAAAUUUGCUAACAAGGACCUGUUCAAGUCCUUCGCUCGCUUUUUGUCUCACCUUCUCGCAGAGGGACGGAGCCUGGGAAAGGGUCAAGUGAAAGCAGAGGCCAAGGCGCUGAUUAAGCAGUUCUUCUCCAAGGUCAAACGCUGCGAGAGCGAGGCCGACUGGAAGCACCUUAAAAGACCGGGUUACUGUAAAACCGCACCCAAUCAGGAAUGAUGGGAGAGGAAAUUAAUAUUUUAGGGCUUCCUCUUUGUCAGUGCCUAAGCUUGUCUUGUCCCUGUGAGCUCAGGUUUCAACACACACACUCUCACUGAUGCAGCUUUGCAUAUUCAAGCAAUAAGGGCGAACUCAGACUAGGACAUUCAUACCGUGCUGGACUUGGGCGCCUCAUCACUUCUAUUCUGCUGUUUUUAUGUAUUAUAUCCUGUCUUCUUUCGAGUCAUUCUGAUUAUUUUUAUUGUGCAAUGUGGGUGUGGGAUUUGACUUUUGGAUUAUUUUGAGUCUUUGUAUUUUCUGUGUAAUAGAAAAUGUGCCGGUUGACAUUGUUCCUUGCAGGUUCUUAAUGAUAAUCGUGCAUUGCACUAUGCUGAAGUUGACAUUGGAUCAGUGUGCUCACAAUAGCCAGCUGUGCUGGACUGUGGGUGCAAAUUGGGCUCCAGCACAGCACGAUUGGCCUGGUGUGAGUACGCCCUAAAACACAUAGUAUUAUUGCCUAAGAGGAGGUGCACUUUAGACUUUUUUUUUUUCCUUUUAGCGUUCCCAUCAAACUAACUCAGUGAUCAGUUUAAGUUUGCACUUAUACCGGUAAUGAACAAAAGCUGAAAGAUGCAGUAAUGUGAAUAACCUUUUACAUAGUAAGCUCUUCGGCUGAGGAGCGAAACGUCCGACACCUUCUUCACAGAAGUACAGAUGACGUCUCAAGAAGCCUUUCCCUCGAGUAAUAUCAUAUUGUUUGUAUUUAGUGUUAUGAUAGUGUUUUUUUUAAUUGCUGCUAUAUUUGUCUUUGACUAAUUGACUACAAAACAGAUGCAAUUCAUCUGAUACUCUUUUGUGGAAAGAAUUGUAGUCCUUCAGUAAUGUUUUGCGUUGGAGGCAUAAGAGGCCUGUGGAGGAAAGCCAAAGAGCAACCUUUCCCCUGAGCUCCUCAGUGUUUUCAAUAAAGAAUGCACACAAACAGAAGAGACCCAGCCCAAUUAGGCAUGUAAUGUGAUUUGUGUUGAUUAAUAAUGUCCUCAGAUGGACAAUAAACCUCCCUCAUUUUAUUUGUG